UUUUGUCAUUAACACUUAAUGAUCCUUUACUAGAAGGAACAUUACACCCUCCUCUGCAUUUAAAAUUCUUAAAACAUAAAGAUUUUCAGAGUUCCAUCAGUGAAUGCGUAUUUUGGGAUUUUCAAAUCAAUGACAGAGAUGGUGAGUGGUCAACGAAGGGAUGCAAAUUACAAUCUUCAGAUCAUCUUUAUUUUUAUUGUGAAUGCAACCAUCUGACUAAUUUUGCAGUACUGCUGCGACCAUAUUCAAAGAUUCAAGGCGAAGAUGAGGCAUUGAGCUUGAUAUCUAUAAUUGGUUGCUCGAUAUCAGUGUGUCUGUCUUUCCUGACGGCCAUUAUUUACAUCUUUUUUUGGAAAUCUAUUACGGGCCACCUCAACCGAAUGAUAAAUAAGAUCACUGUGCUUCUCUGCUUAAGUCUCGCCUUGGCUUACACAAUAUUUCUAAUAGGAGUUGAUAAAAUCCAGUAUAACAUUGGGUGCACCAUUACUACAGCAUUGUUGCAUUAUCUGUUCCUAUUCAUUUUCUUUCUUAUGCUGGCACUUGGAUGGUACUAUUUCAGCAGCAUCUCAUUGGUCAAAUUAUCACUUUCCAAAGCAACAACACUUCAAAGUCAUGAUGAAUCUUUCGGUAAAGUCACGUGGGGAGUUGUCAUUUCCACUCCAGUGUGUAUAACUGCUGUAACUUUCGGAAUCGUAUAUUCAUUGGGCAAAGACUAUCAUUCAAAAACCAGUUGUUGGUUAUCGGUUGAAAGUGGCGCUUUGUUUGGCUUUAUUGGACCCGUAGCCUUCACAAUUUUGAUCAAUAUUGUUAUUGUAAUCAGUCUCGUCGUGACGCUUUGUUCAACCGCAUUUUCAUCACAAGGCAAAAUGAAGAAAAGAACACUGGCCGGAAUAAGGUCCAUCUGUACCCUUUUACCUGUUCUUGGAGUGACCUGGCUCUUUGGUCUAUUGUCCAUUAAUGAUGAUGUGGUCGUGUUUCAGUAUAUAUUCUCUCUGUUGAACUCCUUUCAGGGUCUUUUCAUUUUCAUCUCCAAAUGCCUCCUGAACAAAAAGAUUAGAAAGUUGCUUAGUGGGAGCAUACACAAAAAAGAUUCAGAAAAUUGGAGAAGUAGGCUUUAUGCAUUACUUAGCAGCAAUCCGCUGUCCAUGAACACGAAGGAGUUUUCAUCAGUGUCUAGAAUUCAACCUGGAGGAGAGUCAGUCAAUGAAGUUAGAAAAGGGAAUCUCAUCGAGGGGAUUUCUUUCAUGGGAAGAGAAAGUGUCAAUACAGCUCUUUGACAAUGCAUGACGAUCAGAUAAAGAAAACUGUUGAAGUAAUGAAGUAUAAAUGACAGCGCCCAAUUUAUCAUUAUUUUAUCAUCUCUUUUCUGCUUGAGUGCAUUAUAUGUUGGUGAUACCUAACUGUUUUAAUGCUAUUAAUAUGACCCAAAUUUCAGAAUUCAUAUUUAUUUAAGACAAUAUUUCCAUUAUUUAUGUUUAU